AUGGCCCGCACCAAGCAGACCGCCCGCAAGUCUACAGGCGGUAAAGCCCCUCGCAAGCAGCUCGCCUCCAAGGCAGCUCGCAAGAGUGCGCCAAGCACAGGUGGUGUCAAGAAGCCUCACCGCUACAAGCCCGGUACCGUCGCUCUCCGUGAGAUCCGUCGCUACCAGAAGUCGACUGAGCUCCUCAUCCGCAAGCUGCCCUUCCAGCGUCUUGUUCGUGAGAUCGCUCAGGACUUCAAGUCCGAUCUCCGCUUCCAGUCCUCCGCCAUCGGUGCUCUUCAGGAGUCCGUCGAGGCUUACCUUGUCUCGCUCUUCGAGGACACCAACCUCUGCGCCAUCCACGCCAAGCGUGUCACCAUCCAGAGCAAGGACAUCCAGCUCGCCCGCCGCCUCCGUGGUGAGCGCGGUUAA